AUGACGAAAAGCUCCUCGCAGCGCAAGAAAGAGCUUCGCGAACAAGUCAAGGAGGCGGCAGCACUGGUAGCUGAAAAAGAUGCGGCGCUAGCGAACCAGGAGCGGGAGCUCGAGGAGCUGCGGCAAAAGCUCGCCGGUACUGUCCCCCCGUCGCUGUCGACCUCUACCCCACCGGGAAGGGGCACCCCCUCGGAGCGUGUGGCUGUGCAGGGUCCCUCUCGGCGAGAUCGGCCCCAACAGGAGCCGAUUCCCGAGGAGGCCGCGCCAGCCACCGGCGAGGAGAAAGGUGCUACCCCCGAGGGGACAGAGAACGGGAGCGACGAGGACGACAACGACGGCGACGAAGGGGAGUGGGGCAACGAGAGCGAACGGCAUGUCAUGUACGAGUUGCUCCACGGCUUCCGGUCACAGAACGUGUCCGCGGACGAUCGGCACGCGCUCAUGACCUCCGCUGGGGGCCAGUUUGCGACAUGCUCUCACGCCACUGGACGGAGAAGUCCACUCCACCCGAGUGGCUGGUGUCCCUCUUCCGCCCUACCGCACCUCCCACCACCACGACUCCGGCUUCUGCAGAGGAAGUGGCUCAGGAUGCCCGACUUGAUUUAGCCCCGUAUGUGCAUGACAGUAGCAAAUCGAGGGAAUAAUUUUUUCUCGGGGGAGAGGUGGCGAUGUGAAGUCUCGGUAACAGAUUCUGCCCAGGCACCGUUUCAUAGUCGGUCAAGUAGCAAAGCAGGGAACAAUAGGAAGAACAAACGCACUCGUGCGCCGACUCCAGGGAUUAUAUAUAGGGGUAGUAGUACCUCUUCGGGCUCUUGGAUACCUUUUUCUUGCUACGUGUGCGUGUUCUUUAGAUCCUCAGAUGGCUCUAGCACUUUCGUGACCACGGGCUGAGAGUCUUUGCUAGAUUUUGGCAUUUAGCAACUGGCAUACGGUUUAAUGUGAAGUCAACAACAACAACAAGAAAGACGUGCCUCUGUUUCAAGUGCAUCGAGUGGUGGACCCACUUAUGCGGCGUUUCAUGCGUCAGCACUGAGAAAAUACCCACAACAUCCGAAUGCGUUAAAUUUGUCCUUCAAGAGAUUGCGAAUUCCUGCCCGAGUUUGUAAUCACGCUGUGUCUGAGCUCACUAUCGACACAGCAGCUGAUGUACCGUGUAUAUCAGCGUCUUUUUUUAAAUCGCAUCCAGUCCUGCAACGUUUACCUCUGAAACCUGUGCCUCCUGGCGUAAUCCAGUUGAAUAGUGCAGACGGCUCAGCGUUAGAAAUCCUAGGAUACAUCCGAUACAUCCGUUUUAAGCUCACACUGGGAGACAUAACACUACCGGUGGAGGCUCUCGUGUUGCCCAACCUAGGUCCGGAUAAGAUGUUGCUCGAUAAUAGCAUUAUGAAUGCCUUUGGUGCCGUCCUUGAUUGGUGCGGUGAGCAAUUUUCAUUUAAAUAUUCAACACGAAAAUUUCCGGCAACUCACAGACGUACGAAUAGCCAAGUGGACACCAAUAAUGAUGCCCCAGCGCAAAUUUCCAUAGUGACGCUUGGCCCAUCGAUAGAAGCGGUGCCCGUAUAUCUCUCUAAGAGAUUAUGCAUCCCCCCCGAAAGUGAAAUGGCAGUAGACGUCGUGACAGAACAAGCACCACAGGCAAACACGCCUGCGUUGGUCGAGCCAUGGAUUGUCACUGCCCAAGACAUCGAAACGUCGACAAUAUACCCAAAGCGUUCCGUACAAUCGUAGUCGCUAGAACGGUAUGCAAUUGGUCAGCAAAGGACAAGUCCGCUGCAGUACAAGUUGCUAAUCCAUCCAAACGACACGUUCACAUUGCACGCGACACUAUUUUCGGGUACAUUUCGCCAAUAAAGUCGGUUGCCGAUAAAACAGUUAGCGCUGUCAAUAGCGACUAAACCACAUUCCGACACAAGCGAGACGGGUUGAAACGAGCCAUGAAAAUAGCGUUCACGAACACUAUAUUUACUCCUCAACAAUGCUCGCAAGUCUUGGAUUUAUGCGCGAAAUACCGUAAUGUGUU